GAUUGUCAGAGCGCUGCUGCACCACCAAAAGCCAGGUGUUGGUACUCCGAAUGUGUCGAUAUACAACUCUGCAGUGGUUCAAAAAUGGAGUUUUUGUUGAUGGUCACCAGGUAAACGUCAGGUAAUCUCUCUUCCUUCUCCUCCGCUUCUACUGUUGUGAAGAAGACAACUGAUGAACUACAUCUGUGCACUCUGCUAACCUGCUCCUUUACACCCGGCUGCCUCAAGUCUUCAACAUGUAUGAGAUUGUUCCGGUGGCUCCUGUGGAGCAGCACAUGUCUGGGAAAGCUGGUGGUUCUCCCUUAAAAAAGAAACUGGCUCCAGAGACACAGCCCCUGGUGUUUUCAGGUAUGCUGGGCUGUGUGUUGGUGCUUGCUGCUGUGAUCUCCUGGUGCUACUACUCGGCGUCUGUCCGUAAAGCCCACCUGCUGAAGAAUGAGCAGCUGGACCUCAACAAGGAUGGUUUCGUCAUUCACAACCAGGCGGGGGCAAUCAUCUUCACAAUGACCUUCAGGUCUGGCACACUAAAUUUGGACUCCUGCUCAAAGGAGGGAAAUACUCUAAGCUGCACUCAGUCAGAUUCUGGUAAACUCAACUUCUUUAUUCAGACAGUUCAGCCCAAGGACACAGUGAUGUGUUAUCGCAUUCGCUGGGAGGAGCUGGAAAAAGAGCUUGCGGUGGAACAUGCCAUGGCCUACAAUAACUCAUAUUGGUAUGGAGGGGCAGAGUUAGCCAAACAGUAUUGGCCUAUCAGGAUUUGGGGGGAAGAGGAACCACGACCAUUCAUCACCAGUGAUGUCUACUCAAAUCGGAAUGCUUUUGGAGGAAUCCUGGAGCGCUAUUGGCUGUCAUCUAAUGCAACUGCAAUCAAGAUUAAUGACUCUGUACCUUUUCAUUUGGGUUGGUCAGAGCAGGAUCGGAUACUCAGGUUCCAGGCCCGGUAUCAGGACACCUCCUACAGACCACCAGACGGACAGAAGCCCUUUCCCGAACUCAGCUAUAGAGUUUGUGUGGGUUCUGAUGUGACCUCCAUUCACAAAUACAUGGUGCGUCAGUACUUCCAAAAGCCUAUCAAGGUUCCUUCUCCUGAAUUUUUUAAACACCCAGUGUGGUCAACGUGGGCUCUCCACAAGGCUGCUAUCACACAGGAGAAGCUGCUGCUUUACGCCUCAAACAUCACCAAACGUGGCUUCACAUGCUCACAUCUGGAGCUGGAUGACCAAUAUACUGCUGAUUAUGGAGAAUUUGACUUUGACCCACAGAAGUUCCCCAGUGCCAGUGGCAUGUUCAACAAACUCCGAGAGGAUGGGUUUAAGGUCACACUCUGGACACAUCCUUUUAUUAACUACGACUCUAUUAAUUUUGGUGUUGCCGUUGAAAAGGGCUUACUUGUUCGUGAACCACGAGGUGAAUUGCCUGCACUUGUCCACUGGUGGAACGGCAUUGGUGGAAUUUUGGAUUUUACAAACCCAGAUGCCCGUGAGUGGUAUUCUUUCCAUCUACGCAUGCUCAAAACCCGCUAUGACAUCGCCUCCUUCAGGUUUGAUGCAGGAGAGGUGAGCUACCUCCCUUGGCAGUUCAACACUUUUGACCCAGUUGCCGACCCCUCCACCUUCACGCGCCGCUACUCAGAGAUGGCUAUACCGUUCAGUGAGCGUGCAGAGCUAAGGGUAGGUUACCAGAGUCAGAACAUCUCCUGCUUCUUCAGAAUCAUUGACAGAGACUCUGUGUGGGGUUAUGAGUUGGGUCUCAAGUCCAUCAUCCCAACUGUUUUGACUGUCAGCAUACUGGGCUACCAGUUUGUCCUGCCUGAUAUGAUUGGGGGCAACGCAUACCCCAACCGCACAGCAGGUGGUUUAAAUGAAAACAGUGGUCUGCCAGACAGAGAGCUUUACAUCCGGUGGUUGGAGCUGUCUGCUUUUAUGCCUGCCAUGCAGUUCUCAAUACCUCCUUGGGCCUAUGAUGAUGAGGUUGUAGAGAUAGCACACAAGUUCACAGCCCUCCAUGAAACUGUGGUGGCCCCAAGGAUUCUGGAAUUGGCUAGUGAGGUUCUUGACACAGGUGACCCAAUCAUAAGACCUCUCUGGUGGAUCGCCAGUGAUGACGAAGCGGCCUAUAGGAUUGACUCCCAGUUUCUGAUCGGGGAUGACCUGAUGGUGGCUCCAGUGUUGGAGCCCGGGAAGCGGGAGAGAGAUAUAUAUUUGCCUGCAGGGCGGUGGAAAAGCAACAAGGAGAAGUACUUUGAUAAAGGCUCUAUGUACCUUCCUGACUACCGCGUGGACUUAGAUGAGAUAGCGUACUUCACGUGGGUGCACUAAAGAUAUGAAUGUAUGCACAGUACACAUGAUUCCUUAUGAGUGCACAAACCAGAAAGAGCAGUUGUUUGUUUUCCAUCACAAAGUAGUCAUGCAUGGUCUGCUCUAACAGCAAAACAUGAUCUGGUAAGCAUUUCAAAGUCACGUAGAUUCUGACCUGCUCUUGGCCCGGAGUACUAUCUGCAGUUUCUGACGCUCCAACAAAAGAACUUUCAUUUUACUCCUGAUUGUCAUUUUCAGUCAUUUUAGUUUGGUGUCUGAAAAUCAGCCUAUGUUCCAGUCAAGAUCAGGUGUAUUGAUUACCAAAUAACCAUAUGGCAAUGUUUGAUCUGCCAGCCAGAGUACUUUUAUUUCAUUGCCAAAAUGUUGUUCAUGUGCCCACUUUGAAUUUACAGCUCAGGGUAGAUUAAAAAUAAAGCAUUAGCUUUAUGAGUUGAUGGCUGUUGAAAGCAAGUGUUAUACAAAUAAUGAAUGUUUAUGAAUUCAGUGGUAUGAAUAUUUCAUGACGUGAAAGCUGGAAC